AUGCCUAGGGGUCAGAAGAGUAAGCUCCGCGCCCGUGCAAAACGCCGUCAGGCUCAAGAACAGCUCCAGAAUGUGAUGGGCGUUCCAGCCAUGGCAGGAGUGGAAGAACCGGCCUGUUCCCCCUCUUCAACUUGUGUCAGUGAGGCUCCCAAGAGUUCAGCUACUUCUGAAGCCACCAGCAGUCCUCAAGAGCCUCCGAGAGCACCACGCACCAACACUGCUGUACCUGUUUCAUAUGCAAGAUCCAAUAACCGAGCAAGGGGAAGGCCAAGAUCCUCACGGGUCCAGUCUGCCUUUGAGUACCACACUAAAGGCCCUGUAGACAAGGCAGUAAUUCUUUUGGUGCAAUACCUGCUGCGCAAAUAUCAAAUGAGAGAGCCUGUUUCAAAGGCAGAUAUUCUGAAAAAAGUAACUGGUUUGCCCAACAGCUAUUUCCAUGAGAUCCUGAUGAAAGCUUCUGAAUACAUGGAGCUGAUCUUUGGCCUUGACAUAAAGAAGCUGGAUCUCAACAGGCACAUCUAUAUCCUCAUCAACAAGUUGGAGAUAGGCUAUGAUGAAAAUCUGGAUGAUAAUGGAAGAAUCCCCAUAACUGGCUUGCUAAUGACUAUCUUGGCUGUGAUUUUCACAAGGGGAAAUUGUGCCACUGAGGAGCAAAUAUGGCAAUUGUUAAAUUUGAUGGGAUUAUAUGCUGGGAAGAAGCAUUUCCUUUUUGGGGAGCCCCAAAAGCUUAUCACCAUUGAUUUGGUGAAAGCAAAGUACCUAGAGUACCAGCAGGUGCCCAAUAGUAUCCCUCCAUGCUAUCAAUUCCUGUGGGGCCCCAGAGCCCAUGCUGAAACAAGUAAAAUGAAAGUCCUUGAAUUUUUAGCCAAGGCCCAUAAUACUGUUCCUACUGCCUUUACAUUCUGGUAUCAGGAGGCUUUGAAAGAUGAGGAAGAGCGAGCCCUAGCCAGAGUUAUGGCUAGGGCUCGCAUUAAAGCCAUGGCUGAUGCACGUUUGAGGGUCUGUACAUCAAGCCUUCCAAAGACAAGCAGAAUAUGA